GCAAUCUAUCUAUCGAAGCGCAACGCACGACUCUAAAAGAGGCACGUGAAUGCAGCACGACAGGCGCGACUCUCUCAGCUGUGAUCGAGGGGGGAAGACACAUGAGCUGAUGAAGUCCGGCCGCUGAGCCUCAGAAACGGGGAUGGAGACGAAACACGACAGCAGUACUUUCUACAAUCCUGGGAACGGCUCGAAGAUGGUUGACCCAGAUCUCAGAGUCCAGCUUUUACACAUUGAUCAGCAGAGAAACGUUUCGACUGCAGCCGUCACCCAUCCCUCCUCAGAGGACUCUAUAGUCGCCCCCAAUGGAAUCAUCCCUGGUUUAAUUGCAGCCACAGUUUUCAUCACCUUUUUACUUGCUCUCUACGCCGUUCUGUGGAAGUGCAUGGUGUCACCACCACGACGAAAACACAGCAAGCUGAGGGUGAGGGUACAUCCGGGAACUUCUGUGUGAAGAGGCUGGAAAUCAUUCAGCGAGUCAUUUCCGAUCUUAAAGGCGGGGGCAAAUAAAAUCUGGGAGCAGACUUUGCUCUCUGAUGGAGAUCACCCUUAAUGGAUCCAAAGAUCAAACUACACAAAAAAAAAAAAAAAAAAAAAAACUGACUCGGCUCAGUGGAUGUACCGCAGCUCUCCUGCCCCCUAUGUGCGACACUGUUUGACAGGUCAGACUGUGUUGCCUUAUUAUGUUUUUUGUUUUUUUUUCUGUAAAUUGCACACUACUGAGGGGCGACUCAGGCCAAGGCUCGCCCCAGCGACCAGUAAGCUGUCUGUAUGUUUGUCUGAAGAGAUGGAGAGAUUAUAGUAUUGUUUGUGUAUUUAAUGUAGAUAAUUUAUCUUUUUUUUUUUUUUUUUUUUUUUUUAAAUACAAGUACCAAUGUACAGCUACAUUUUGAGCACUUCUCAUAGAAUGUCCAUAUAAUAUAGUCACUACCAUGUCCAUGCUCAUCAACCUUUUUUAUUUUCGUCCUAAAGCUGCCGGUGACAAUGAUCCUAGCACCUCCACUCAAGACGGCAUUAAAUGUGGAAAACCUAAUUUUUAUUAUGGUUUUUAUUUAAAAUCUCAGAGUUAUUCCCUUUUAUCUGUUUUGUAACUACUGUAUGUUUUUUUUUGUUUGUUUUUUUUUUUUGGACACUAUAAUAACUUAAUUAUUUUUUUUUUUUUUUACAUUUAGUGAAUAUUAAUAAAUGCAAAGCUUUUCCUGCAGCUCACAA